CUGUUAACUGUUAACUUCUGUCAGUCGUCACACAGCUGUACUCACUACAACAUGGACAAGGGCAGAGAAAAAGGUAUAUUGAAGUUGGACCCUCGGCCUAGGGUCUACAUUGACAACAAACAUGAACUGACCCCUCAGGGCUCGUGUGAACAACCACCCAUCUCGUCGCAGCCUUCCUUCGACCGUUUGUCCGUGACGUGGGCGGACCCCGGCAGCAUGGCAUCUUCAGGGGUCAACCUGUGCCAUCUGCCCUCGGAAACGCCCAUCAGCAACGAAGUCAAGUUUUCACCAUCCGCUGGUGAGGGAUCUGAAGACGAGGACUACUCCGCCAGUCUCAGUGCUGUGCUGCGUCAACGGAGGGCCAGCCUGAGACGAUCUCGCAAGGGGCGAGCGAGACGCUCCUCCUCGCCUUUCCUAGCUGACGAAGGUCGCUCACGAAGACGCUCUUCUGUCUUCACUACCAGCUCUGGAGACACUGCAAUAUCAAUGGAGGAUGGACAGUCGGUUAUAGUGACGCAGGAGCAAAUCUUUCAAAACAUUCACCUUCACAAAGAGGUGUUGGGUUCAGUGAAGCAACAGCCUCUUGGCAUGAGAAGAAAGCUAAAAAUUGUUCAUCAAGCUAAGACCUACAUCAAAAGACAUGAAGGCCAACUGCAGGAACGACUAGCACAAUCGAAGAGCACUAGAGAUAUUUACGCGCGAUUCACAAUUUUAUUGGCUGCAAAAUGGCAACAAUUAAAACGCGAAGCCGCCAACACCUCAAACCUGCUUAUACCCUGGGAGCUACGCAUCAAAGAAAUAGAGUCGCAUUUCGGCUCUGUCGUCGCGUCCUACUUCACAUUUCUUCGAUGGUUGUUUUGGGUCAACCUGGUCAUCGGCUUCAUACUGCUAGUAUUCGUAAUUAUUCCUGAGUACUUAACAGCAGACCCCCAGCAAGAUGGCUCGAGGAAGAUCAUCAUGGAAGAAGAACGCCGGAACGCUACCAACCUGCUCACUCUAUGGGAAUUCGAAGGUGUACUCAAGUGUUCCCCGAUAUUCUACGGUUACUACAGUAACAUAGAGAGGCCUCAGUACUGGAUGCCGCUGGCUUAUUUCCUGACUGGACUAGUGGUGUAUAUUUAUAGUUUCGUCGCCAUAUUGAGGAAAAUGGCAGAGAAUUCUCGAAUGUCGAAACUAUCGGAAAAGGAGGACGAGUGUAUAUUUUCAUGGAAACUGUUCACUGGGUGGGAUUUUAUGAUCGGGAAUACAGAGACGGCACACAACAGGAUCGCCUCGGUCAUAUUGGGAUUUAAAGAGGCACUUCUAGAGGAAGCAGAGAAGAAGAAGGAUUUAAGAAAAUGGCGCAUUAUAUCGCUACGGGCCCUCGUGAACAUAUGCGUGGUGAUAUUGCUCGCGGUGUCAGCGUACGCGGUGGUGACCGUCGUGUCGCGCUCCGAUGACACCACGAAAUCCAGGAGCUGGUGGCGGGAGAACGAGACCACCAUCGUGGUUACCCUAAUAUCAAUAACGUUCCCCGUAUUCUUCGAGCUGUUGGGUUUCCUGGAACACUAUCACCCAAGGAAGCAGUUGAGACUUCAGCUUGCAAGGAUUAUGCUAUUAAAUUUGCUCAAUUUAUAUUCUUUAAUAUUUGCAUUGUUCAGCAAGAUUGAAGGUAUGAGUAAAGAGUUGGAUUUAUUGAAACCAGUUUUGGAUAUGAAUGCAAGUUUAAUACCUAAUAGUACACUAGACAUGAGCGAGUCUAUGGCUAUUAAUGUACCCACAUCAUGUCACGAAGAAAGAGUGUCCUGCGAACCCUGUGAUAUUAUUAACGGAAUAACUUUAUCACAUAUAAGUAACCUUAAUUCUAAUAAGAAUUACACUUCUACUACUCCACUUUCUUUAUUGUCAGUGAAACCUACCUAUAACAAUGGUAGUGUAAAUAAAAUUAAUAAAAUAGAUCAAACUAUAUAUUCGACUAGACCAAAUCCAAAAAUUUAUCCAUCCGCUGAAAAUCUUAUAGAAAACGAAGGUAAUACUGAAGCAUUAGAAACAACAACUGUGAAUAUUAUAAUAAGAGAACUAGAGAGAUUAAGAAAUAUAAGUGGCAUGAGUGACCCCGAAGAUGAUUUGAACGAUCCUACCUCAUACAUAUACGAUUAUGACUUUAAUGAUACUCUACCUACUGGUGAUACUGCCACCAUAAAUUAUUAUCUAAAUAAUAAUACAAUCCCAUUCGUUUAUACUAUAGAUAAUUUUACUUCUAGUGAAGAUAAUGUUACUAAUAAUUUUGAAGAAAUACCAACAAGUAGUGAAAUCUCUAGUAAUGAUUUAUAUACAGAUAAAAGCUUUACACAAAGUGAUAAUAUGUCUACAAUGAUUGAAUUUGAUUAUACAUCAGAUAUUAAUUCAACUGAAUCAACAACAACCACCUAUUAUGAAACGGAAAGUAGUUUUUUUAAUACAUUUCCUAGUGUUCAAAUAAACAAUAGUGCAUUAACAAGCACUGAUAUUGAAUCAACUGAAUAUGAUACUACAACUACUACAGAUUGGUCGGAAUCUACUAUUUUAUAUACAGAUACUACAUAUUAUGGCAAUGGAAGUUAUAGCUCAGAUGUCGAUUCAACAAUUACCUCUAUAAAUACCCCAGUAAUUUGUCCAGAAUUUUUUAACUGUACAUCGAACUGUGGUGGACAUAAUAUAACCCAAAUAUUCAUUAUAUCAAAAUGUGUGAUUGUAGAAAAAGUAUGCUUUAAAACGAUAUGUGAAAAAAUAGAGGUACCUAUAGUUAAAAAUAAAACCAAUGAAACGAUAGUCGAUGUUGUAUACCUUGAUGAGAAUAACAGAAAGAUGUAUAAUUUGACUGUAGCGACGAAGAAGAAAUUGUUGAAAUUAUGUUGGGAAACAAUGUUUGGACAGGAAUUAGUAAAACUUACUAUGAUGGAUUUGGUCUUUGUAUUAUUAGGGACACUUUUCAUGGAUUUCUUUCGAGCUCUCUUUGUUAGAUACAUGAAUCGUUGUUGGUGCUGGGAUUUGGAGAAAAAAUUUCCAGAAUAUGGAGAUUUUAAAAUAGCUGAAAACAUAUUACAUUUAAUUAAUAACCAAGGAAUGGUUUGGAUGGGGAUGUUUUUCUCUCCUGGCUUAGUAGUUUUGAAUGUUGCAAAAUUAAUGAUCAUGAUGUAUCUUAGAUCGUGGGCUGUUAUGACAUGUAACGUACCCCACGAAGUUGUUUUUAGAGUAUCAAAAAGCAACAAUUUCUACCUAGCUUUACUACUCACAAUGUUAUUCUUAUGUGUCUUACCUGUAGGUUACACUAUAGUAUGGGUAAAACCUUCAUGGCAUUGUGGACCUUUCUCUGAAUACGAUAAAAUAUAUUAUAUAUUAACAAAUAAUAUUUAUAAAAUCCUUCCAAAAUCACUUAAUUUUACUUUAGAAUAUAUUACUUCACCAGCAAUAGUGAUUCCUCUUCUGGUAUUGCUCAUUCUAAUUAUUUAUUACCUAACAUCUUUAACCAAUUCUCUAAGGGAAGCAAAUAAUGAUUUAAAGAUUCAACUACGAAGAGAGAGAACUGAAGAAAGGAGAAAAAUGUUUCAAUUAGCUCAUACAAGAAGAAGAGUUGGUUCAUCGGCUAUGGACAAUACUCCAUUUGCUAGAUGGAAAAAAGCUUUACCAUCGUUGCCUCUUAGUAAAUCUAUAGAUUCUGUUGAGCGUAAAUCUAUAACUGCAGACGAUAUCUCAGAACCAGGAAAAACAGCUAAGAAAAAAGGUAGUAUAUUUGCAAAAAUAGUUGGCAUGGCUGUAGAUAAGAAACCAGAUAUAGAAGUUGUCUCAGAGACUAAUAAUGGUGUAAGUCCAUCUUCCAAUAACGCAGACGAAGAAACUGAUACCGACUUUCACGAGUCUUUACCUAAAGAAGUCCUAAAAAUAAAAGACAUAAUUUUCAAAAACACACAGAAUAAAAAAAAGAUUAGUGUUGAAUUUAAAACAAACGAGGAUGAAAAAUCAAAAUUUCAAAUCGAAGAUAAAUCAUUAAAAGUUAAGCUGGAGAAAGUAGAUGACCGGACUGAAAAGAAAGCAAUUUUGGAAAAACAAGAUCGUAUAAAGAAAGAAACUGGAAAAUCGAAAACCAGUUCUACGGAAGCACCUAAGCAAACACAAAAUAUUGACAAAAAAUUAAAUAAAAAACAAACUUCUGAGUCUAGUAAUUUGUCGAGACAAUCGGAUUCUAUUAGUUCUGUGAUUCCAGUAAUAACUAUAAGUACAACAGAGAGUGAUGAAGAGAUAUUGCAAUCACGAAGUACUAAAAACAUCAAAAAAGAAGACGAGCAAGAUUCCGCCGGAACGAUAGCUGAAAGCUUGAAAAAAAUAAAUAAGCGGAGUUCAGAUUUAAAAUCUUUACGUAGACAGAGGAGUGUGGACAGUAUAAAUGAACCGAAGAAGAAGCCAGAUGACGGACAUAAAUAUAAGUACCCGUUGUAA